AUGGCUAACCUCAAUGAUUCUAAAUCCAACUUAACUCAGACUUUACUGAAGAUCGAUCCUAAUGCACCAUUGAAGGCUAUUUUAUUUGUGCCCCCGUGCGUUAUUUUUCUUUAUGUAAACGGGGUCAUGCUUUUUACCUUGAGGAAAAAGACUGCUUUUCUGGAAUCGUCCCGCUAUAUUCUGUUCGGUCACAUGCUUUGGGUCGAUACGCUCAAUCUGUUUAUGAGUGUAGUGCUGUAUAUAUUCAGUAUUUGUAGGAUUCCAAUUAUGAAAAAUGUCUGUGUCAUUCUUCUUGCUGCUCCGAUGGUUCUCUUUCAGGUCUCAACCCUAAAUCUGUCUUUAAUGUCACUGGAGAGGUAUGUGGCCAUCUGCUUUCCUCUCAGGCAUGCAGAUAUCACCACAUACAGAAGAACUCACAUGGCCAUUGGUGUUGUCUGGAUGAUAGGGUUGAUUCAAAGCAUAUCUGAGAUUAUUAUUUUCUAUGCCAUUGAUUCUACAAACACAGCGAUGAAUCUAUUCUGUUCAAGAACGACUGUUUUUAGACUGCAGGUAUACAACAAACUUGAUAUAGCAUUCACUUGUAUAUAUUUUGUGUCUGUGUGUUUUGUUAUCAUUUUUACUUACAUAUCAAUAGCAGUUGUGGCUAAAUCAGCCUCCUCUAAUAAGAUUUCAGCCAAAAAAGCCAAAAAGACUGUCCUGUUACAUUUAAUACAGCUGGGUCUGGGUUCUGCAUCUAUUUUUGUCGGAGUCAUCCAAGAUGUCAUUUUUGUUCGUACAGAUGUUAUGACUUUUUUAAAUGUCAUGUAUUUUUGCUUUAUAACGUUUAUAAUAUUCCCCAAAUGUUUAAGUCCUCUUAUAUAUGGCCUAAGAGACCAAGCAUUUAGUUCCCUAUUUAAAUACUACUUUACAUGUGCUAAAGGCAAAAUCAAACCAGUUUUCAUAGAAGGACACAUUUAG